ACGAGGAGCAGAGGGUGCGGUGUCGUCAGUGGGUCUUGUUGCUCCAUCUCAUCGUCGUCGGUGGCGAGUCUGUUGAUCGAACACUACUGGUCCAUGUGCUCUGGCUGACUAAAAUGCUCAUCAAGGAAUUCCGUGUCACUCUGCCCCUCACAGUGGAAGAGUAUCAAGUAGCUCAACUGUAUUCUGUAGCAGAGGCUAGUAAAAAUAAUACAGGCGGUGGAGAAGGCAUUGAAGUAUUGAAGAAUGAGCCGUUUACGGAUUAUCCGUUACUCGGUGGAAAGUACUCGUCAGGCCAAUAUACAUAUAAGAUUUAUCAUUUAGCUAGUAAAGUGCCUGCUUUUAUUCGCAUUUUACUGCCAAAGAACUCGCUAGAAAUCCAUGAAGAGGCUUGGAACGCUUAUCCCUAUUGUAAGACAGUCAUAACUAAUCCAGGGUACAUGAAGGAUAAUUUCGUGAUUAUGAUAGAGUCCUUUCAUAUUGGCGACGUCGGCAAUCAGCAUAAUGUUCACGAAUUGCCACCCGAUAAGCUUAAGAUCAGAGAGGUAGUGCAUAUAGAUAUUGCCAAUGAUCCGGUUGCAAGUGCCGAUUACAAGGAGGAUGAGGAUCCGUCUAAAUUCAAGUCCCAGAAGACAGGACGGGGUCCUCUCGUUGGGAAGGAUUGGAAACAUAAUGUUCAACCUGUGAUGACGUGCUACAAGCUAGUCACUUGUGAAUUCAAAUGGUUCGGUCUGCAGACCCGCAUCGAAGGAUUCAUUCAAAAGGCGGAACGGCGCCUGUUUACCAAUUUUCAUAGGCAAGUGUUCUGCUGGAUAGAUCGUUGGUACGGUUUAACCAUGGAGGAUAUUAGAGCAAUCGAAGACAAUACGAAAGAAGAAUUAGACAGGCAAAGACAUCAAGGUGAAGUACGGGGUAUGCGAGCUGAUGAUUGAGGCUUCGAUAGCUUCUAUUAUGAACGGUUAAAUCAAUUUCCUUAUACAUGUCAACACAAAUACAGACGCAUACCUACAGAUGUACACCCUGUUACGCUCUGUCAUAGACGAUUCCACAGGAUUCGGACGAUUUCUGGAAUUUACGUGUCUAGAUUCAGUGUCUAUUACAAAUUACUUACAAUUUUAAUUUAUUUUACAUUUACAAGCGUUUUAGAUAAAUGUAUCUACAGUCAAAGAUUAUAAUGUAGUUAUUAUUAUAAAAGAAAAAGAAACAAAUAGAAGGAAUCAGAAUCUUCUGGUUCUUUUGUUUAAUGCAUAAUUAUGAAAAGAAUCUGGUUUCGUGAAAACCAUCAUAGAUAAAAACGUUAUGAUUACUUAACAGCAAUUCGUAGUUCGAUAAUAAUAGAUAUUGGAGUUCAUGAUCGACAAAAUGCUUGCUGCAAAGUACAUAAA